GGUAAUUCGUUCGGUGGCGCUACUCCCGCAUUUAGCGUAUAUGAAAUGCAGACCUCCUUUUGUUUAUUUUGUGCGUUGUUUUUCAUAUUUGGCGACAUUCAUGGGGACGAGCUCCCUAAAGGAGUUCCGCUAUCGAGAUCUUCGUUUUAUAAACUUGGGGAGUCGUUUACUUGCCUAGAUGGCUCUUCAGCUAUACCAUGGUGGCAAGUGAACGACGAUUACUGUGAUUGCCGUGAUGGAUCAGAUGAACCCGGCACAUCUGCUUGUCUUAAUGGUCGUUUUUUCUGUCGCGAUAUGCAGUACAGACCUGUGUACCUUCCUUCUGCUUACGUCAACGACUCUAUUUGUGAUUGUUGCGAUGGUGGUGAUGAAUACGGAAGUUCUACCAAUUGUCCGUCAACUUGUGGCUCUUUGGCUGCAUCUUUGCGUGAAGCACAAUCCAUUAAACGAAAUCAAAUUGAACAGGGACAUAAAAUUUUUCAAGAAUACGUCACGAACUUAAAAGAACGUAAAGCGAAAGGACUUUUUAAUGAAGAAAAACAAUAUGAUGAAACAUUGAAACUUGCGGAAUAUGAUGUCAAUAGUGAUAGUAGUAGUAGUAAUAGUAAUGAUAAUAAUGAUAAUGACAAUGAAGGAAGUAUUCAAACAAAUGAAGAAAAUGUUGAUUCUCAUUUAUCGGUUGGUGAAGAGAAACAAGCACUGAAUGAACCGUCAUCAUCGUCAAUUGAUUCGAAUCAACAGUCGUUUACACAUGAUAAUGACAAUACACUUAUCGAACAUGAAGCAUCUUCAUUAAGUGAUACGGAGUCUCAUGAGAAAAAAGCAAGUGAAUACGAUGGGCAUCAUGUUGGUGGUGAAGACAGUCAUAUGGAUUAUGACGAAUCAAAUGUUGCUGUUACUGAUAAACAACUCGACGACGAAUCACAUCAUGAAAUCCCAGAAACCCCAUCACCCGAUGAAAAACCUGUUAUUAAAGAUAUACCAACGCCUAUUCCUAUUGAUUAUGGACCAGAAGAAGGUUUUCGUAUGCUUACUGAAUUACCAAAUGGUUGUUUAGAGUUGAACGAUCGAGAAUACACAUACAGCCUUUGUCCUUUUAAAUCAGUUCAUCAAAAAUCAAUUGGUUCGUCGAAUUCUGAUCCAGGAACAUGUAUAGGUCGAUGGGGUCGUUGGUUAGAAUCUGAUGAGUAUGAAAAGUCUUAUAAAGUUAUGUAUUACGAAAAUGGUCAACAGUGUUGGAAUGGACCAACAAGAACUACCAAGGUGUUUGUCCAUUGUGGUGAUUCAAAUCAUUUGACUUCAGUGAAUGAACCAUCUCGAUGUGAAUAUGUUAUGCAAUUGAUUACACCAGCUGCAUGCAAUGAAGAUCCUGAUGAAUUAUUUAAGAAAUUACAUCCCGAAUUGUAAAUUUAUUUGUAUGUAUGUAUGCGUGUGUGUGUGUGUGUGUAAUAAUUUUUUCUAUUCUAUAUCUACUCCUUUUAUACCUUUUUUUUCUUCUCAAAAAUUGUUAUCUUUUCUGAAGAUUAUGCACUAUUCAAAAGUUAGUUGUUGGAUGAAGUUUAGACAGGGAUUUGUAAAGCUCAUUUGAGUUUCAUCGAAUUCUGAUAUUGGUAACCUAUUGAAAAGUAUCUAUCUGCUUAUCGAUUGACGUGUAUACAAUUUAGUUUGUUUCACUUUAUUGCUUUGAAAUGUGAAUCUUACUUUCAUAGGGUUAUGUAUUGUUUAACGAGAGAUCUAUUCAAACCAUUGCUCAUGUAUGGUAGGUAGGUUGUGUGUAAAGUAUUAGGUAAAGGUUGUAAACGUUCAUUAACUAAGAUGAUCUACAGUUGCGUAUUACGUUAGAACACUCACCACUAACCUCAAUACUGUUUAGUGUAGAGAAUAUAUUGGGACGAAGACUAAAGGAGACUGAACUAAUACGUUGCAGCAUUUCAGGAAAUAGUAAUUAAAACUCGAUUUAUUAGUUGACAUAGUUCAGAAUUGUUUACAGUAGUGUAGGUAUAAUCAUACUCUUUCCUUUUUUCAAAUCUUUAUCUUCUACAUUAUUCUCUUCUAAACCAGUUCAUUUUGUAUAUUACCUUAUACUACUUAUUAAUAUUCAGUAACCUGUUUGUUCUUAAUAUCGAUGAGUUUUCCACAUAUGUGUUCUUCAUUCCAUUAAACCAAUAAAAUCCCUCCUAUUCACUUUUGGCUUUUUCAUUCAAGUAACUGGUUUGGGGCAUGUGUAAAAGAAACUUGUAUAUCCGUAGUAGAAUUGGACGACUGCAAAUAAUGACAUUUUCAUAUAUUCAUGAGUGUUUCAUGCAAAUUAUCAAUACAUGUUUCACUACAAUUAUCAAUGAAUGAAUUCACAUAUUUAUUUAAACUACAUUCUUCUUAUGAUUAGUAGCAUAUGAUUUAAAGUAGUAAGGCAGCUGAUAAAUAGACUGUUGAGUUGGCUUCUGAGAACUACAAUGGAACUUCCAGAGGCCUUAAUGCAGCCGAAGAGUUUCCAUCCAAUCAGAACAUGAUGGAGCUUUUUAGAAUAUCAACAUGCCACGAUUGGGCAGUAGCAUAAUAUGUCUCUUUGCAGAUUGACCGAAUUAUAAUGUUGAUUUAACAAAUGCUAAUAUUUAUAAAUACCCGUGAUUUUCUGUACAUUUCGAUUCUUAUCAAAUAAACACUUCUCUAACUUUU